AUGGCUGCCAACGUGCUGCAGCAGCCGUCGCUGCCCGCCCUGCCCACGCACCAGCAGAACGACACUGGCGUCACCGGCGCCCUUGCCAGUCGCUAUCACGCACAUCUGCCCGUGGCAUUGAUCUCAUCGCAUGGAUUUGUCUCCAUCAAUACAUACACCGAUGCCAGCCGAGGUGUUGACGGCGGAAAAGAUGGAAGCGCACACCAGGCCGCCGAGGACCUCGCACAGAGGGCCUACAUGCGACUUGGACAACGCUCCGAGGAUCAAGUAGUGGUAUUCUUGGGCGACUCAGGGUCGGGUAAAACCACCAUUCGAGGUCACAUGCUGAGGUCGCUGCUCUCAUACUCGGCAACACCUCUUUCCAAGAAGAUUGAGCACGCCAACUUUGUCUUUGAGGCCUUCACAACCACAAAGUCGUUGACUACCCCUCUCGCAUCGAAAUCUGGACUCCUGCUCGAACUCCAAUACAACACCUCAACGUCCAACCAUGCCACAUUAUUGGGUGCCCAAUUCCUCGCCCAUCGUCUCGAGCGCAGCCGCAUUGCUUCAGUACCGACUGGAGAGCGAAACUACCAUGUCCUCUACUACCUGCUUGCUGGCACUAGCAUUGCAGAGAAGAAGCAUCUGCAUUUGGACCUCGUUGGUGACGGCUCUGCGGGAAACCGAACAUCGAUCGGGUCGAAUAAGAGAUGGCGAUAUCUAGGACACCCCACCCAGCUUAAGGUCGGCAUCGAUGAUCCCAAGGGCUUCCAGGACUUCAAGACGGCCCUCCGAAAGCUCGAAUUCGGCAAGGAAAGCAUCGCCGGUAUUUGCGAGAUCAUGGCCACAAUUCUCCAUAUCGGCCAGCUCGAGUUUGAAACCGGUCAAUCUACCACGCCCGGUGCGGACGACAGUGGAGGCUACUCUCAUGAAGGUGGUGAGUCUCUCACUGUUGUCAAGAAUAAGGAGUGUCUCGCUCCCAUUGCCCAAUUCUUAGGCGUCGCGGUUUCCGACCUAGAGCAGAGUCUGCGCUAUAAGUCGAAGACACUUUACAGGGAGCGCGUAACAGUCAUGUUGGACCCCAAGGGUGCUCGGGCAAAUGCGGACGAACUUGCUCGUGCACUCUACUCCUUGCUGGUCACCUGGAUUAUGGAGCAGAUGAACUCCCGAAUCUCCGUGCUCCCCGAGGAAAUCUCCAACACCGUCUCACUGGUCGACUUCCCUGGUUUCCAGCACUCGGCUCAGACCGGAUCGUCACUUGAUCAGCUGCUCAACAAUGCCGCCAACGAGAAUCUCAUCGCAUUCACGCAAGAUAGUUUCUUCAAGCGUCAGAUUCAAGAACUUGAGGCCGAAGAGGUCGCUCUCCCCGGCACAGAGUUCUACGACAACUCUGAGGCGAAGAGCGGUCUACUCAAGUCUGGAAACGGACUUCUGGCCAUCCUUGAUGACCAGAUGCGUCGCGGCAAGACAGAUAUGCAGUACCUGGAUGUCCUUCGCAAGCGUUUCGAUGGCAAGAAUCCUUCGAUCCAACCUGGCAGCUCUACCGUUGUCCAGCCCGGUAGCAACUUCCCAACUCCAAACACUUCGCCCAUGUUCACAGUUCGCCACUACUGUGGAGACGUAGACUACAGUGUAGAGGGCAUCCUGGAGGAGAACGCGGAGCUGAUCUCAGGCGAUAUGAUCAACCUUCUCAAGUCUGCCCAGGCGCCAUUUAUUGCACAACUCUUCGGUCAAGAAGCACUCCAUAAGAUGAGCCAUCCGAAGGAGAAGUCCGCCAUCGUGCAAGCUACCAUCAGUUCCAAGCCUUCGCGUAUGCCUAGUAUGGCGCGCCGCAAAGCCGACCAAACGGGCCGGUACGGACGCCAAGUGAAUGUUUUCGAUGAAGACGCCAUAAGUGAUGCUGAAAGUAACGUGUCAGGCUCCAGGAAGGGAGGCAGUUCCGAGAAGCAGACCGGCGCUGCAGGCCAGACAGUCAGUGCUUUGAGGACGAUCGACAGCUCAAUGCGGAAAGCCAACCCCUACUUUGUCUUCUGCGUCAAGCCCAACGAGCGCCGAAUUGCCAACCAAUUCGAUAGCAAAUGCGUCCGAGCACAAGUACAAGGCCUGGGAAUUGCGGAAAUCAGCAAUCGUGUUCGCAAGGCUGACUACAGUAUCUUCCUACCUUUCGCCGAAUUCCUCGGUCUUGCGCACACCGAUUUGGCGAUUGUAGGCAGCGAGAAGGAGAAAGUCGAGAUGAUCCUGGACAGCAAGCCCUGGCGGGAAAACGAAGUUCGCGUUGGUGCCACCGGUGUCUUCCUCAGCGAAAGGUGCUGGCUGGAGCUGGCGAACCUUACUGAUUCUGUUCCUGUCGGUCGCGGUCUUGCUGACUCAAACGACAACCUCCUCACUCCAGACGCGAAUCGGUCCUAUGGUGACGCGCGAGCUGGCCUACUCUCCCCAUCCCAGGGUGACUUUUACAACGACAAAGGUGGCAACUACUUUGGUAGCAAAGACGUCGAUGCUCGGUCAGAGGCACCUUCUGGCAUCACGAAUGGCGACAUGUUCCACGGACUCGAACAGCCCGUGAUCGACGAAAAGGCUGCAGACAAGAACCUUGAGGAAGUCGAGGUUAUACCCGUAUCCGGCAGCAGAAAGCGAUGGAUGUUCAUCGUAUACAUGAUGACAUGGAUGAUUCCUGACGUCCUCAUCAAGUGGAUCGGACGCAUAAAGCGUCCCAGAUGUAUGCUCAUUUGGUUGAGCUGCGCUUUCGUCAUCUUCCUCAUGAUUGGUUUCCCAAUGCUAAUCUGCCCGACCCAACACGUCUACUCCACUGCCGAGCUGUCCUCGUUUGACGGCAAAGGCAAGAACGACGCGUACAUUGCCAUGCGAGGUGUUGUCUAUGAUCUGGGCGACUUCAUCCCCGCUCACUACCCCAACAUCAUUCCUCAGAAGAACCUCGAGAAGUACGCCGGCAAGGAUGCCACGAAUCUCUUUCCGGUACAGGUCUCUGCUCUCUGUACUGGCAUCAAUGGCGAUAUCCACCCUGGUGUACAGCUCAACUACAGGACUUCCAACUACACAGCCUCUUCUGUCAACAAUUUCAUCAGCAACACCGAUCUCAAUGCUCAGUACCACGACUUCCGAUGGUUCACCAACGACUCCAGGCCUGACUGGUGGUUCGAACAACAAACCUUCCUCAAAGCAAACUAUAUGAAGGGUCGUGUUGGUUUCAGCCCGCAAUACCUGAAGACAUUGGCUGGCAAGGGUGACUCUAUUGCCUACAUGAAUGGCAAGGUCUAUGAUCUGACUCAAUACAUUCCUGGUGGUCGUGACAUCAAGCCCCCGCCUCCGGAGCAGGGUGAGCCCGAUAUGCCGAAAGAUCCAAACUUUAUGGACGAUGGUGUUGUCUCUAUAUUCCGGGUACAGUCUGGAAAAGAGAUCAGCAAAUACUGGGAUGGACUCGCUUUGGAUCCAACAAAGAAAGCCAACAUGAAGACUUGUCUCGACAAUUUGUUCUACGUUGGCGAACUGGACACCAGGAGCUCUGCGAAGUGUCUUUUCGCCAAGUACUUCCUCCUUGCUAUCUCCAUUCUCCUGGUCAGUGUUAUUGGAUUCAAGUUCCUCGCUGCCUUGCAAUUCACCAGGAAGACCGAUCCAGAGAACAUUGACAAGUUCAUCAUCUGCACUGUGCCAGCCUAUACAGAGGACGAAGACUCACUGCGCCGUGCCAUCGAUUCCGCAGCGAGGAUGAAGUAUGACGACAAGCGUAAAUUGCUUGUCAUCGUCUGUGAUGGUAUGAUUAUUGGCCAGGGCAACGACAAGCCUACUCCCCGCAUCGUUCUCGACAUUCUCGGUGUUCCAGAAUCUACCGAUCCCGACCCACUGAGCUUCGAGAGUUUGGGAGAAGGUCAACGCCAACACAACAUGGGCAAAUGCUACUCUGGAUUGUACGAAGUACAGGGUCACAUCGUGCCUUUCCUGGUUGUUGUCAAGGUCGGCAGGCCUUCUGAGGUUUCUAAGCCUGGUAACCGAGGAAAGCGUGAUUCUCAGAUCAUCCUCAUGAGGUUCUUGAACCGCGUCCAUUACAACCUGCCCAUGAGCCCUCUCGAGCUUGAGAUGCACCAUCAGAUCCGCAACAUCAUCGGUGUCAACCCUACCUUCUACGAGUUCCUGCUGCAAAUCGACGCUGACACGGUCGUUGCGCCUGACGCAGCCACGCGAUUUGUGGCGGCCUUCUUGCACGACACUCGCCUCAUCGCAAUUUGUGGAGAGACAGCACUUACCAACGCCAAGUCCUCUUUCAUCACCAUGAUGCAAGUGUACGAAUACUACAUCUCUCACAACCUGACCAAGGCUUUUGAGAGUCUGUUCGGUUCCGUCACUUGUUUGCCAGGUUGUUUCUCCAUGUACCGCAUUCGUGCUGCUGAGACCGGAAAGCCGCUCUUUGUCAGCAAGGAAGUCGUCGAGGCCUACCAAGAGAUCCGCGUCGAUACUUUGCACACCAAGAACUUGCUGCAUCUAGGAGAAGAUCGUUUCUUGACAACACUACUCAUGAAAUAUCACUCAAAGUACAAGACCAAGUAUACCAUGCGAGCCCAUGCAUGGACUGUGGCGCCCGACAGCUGGACGGUCUUCAUGUCCCAACGUCGUCGAUGGAUCAACUCAACCGUGCACAACCUGAUCGAGCUGAUUCCUCUGCAACAGCUAUGUGGUUUCUGCUGCUUCAGCAUGCGUUUCAUUGUCUUCCUCGAUCUGCUCUCUACUGUGGUUCAGCCUGUCAUUGUUGUCUACAUUGGUUACCUCAUUUACCUCCUGAUCGCGACGCCUGAUGUGGUUCCUAUAACCGCCUUCAUUCUACUAGGAGCGAUCUAUGGUCUACAAAUGAUCAUUUUCAUCGUUCGCCGCAAAUGGGAGAUGAUUGGAUGGAUGAUUAUCUACAUCCUUGCAACUCCCAUCUUCGCUUUUGGUCUGCCACUCUACGCCUUUUGGCACAUGGACGACUUCUCCUGGGGUAACACUCGUCUCAUCACUGGUGAGAAGGGCCAGAAGAUUGUCAUCUCUGACGAAGGCAAAUUCGAUCCCGCUAGCAUUCCCAAGAAGAGGUGGGAGGAAUACCAAGCCGAGAUGUGGGAGCAACACACAAUGCGGGACGACCGUUCAGAGGUCUCGGGAUACACUUACGCCACACGCAAGCCAUUCGGUGGCUCCGUUGCAGGUUCUGAAUACGGUGGCAUGCCACCUUCGCGCCCGAUGUCGCAUCUCGACCUUCCCCGUUACACGAGCCAGUCUCGCGUCAGCCUGGCCCAGAGCGGCUAUGGUGGCUACGAGCACGGCAUCGAGAUGGCACAGGCCGCCAACCUACCUACCGACGAUGUCAUCUACAACGAGAUCAGAGACAUUCUGUCAACAUCUGAUCUCAUGACCGUUACCAAGAAAUCCGUGAAGUCCGAAUUGGAGCGCAGAUUCCAAUGCGAUCUCACACUCAAGAAGAUGUUCAUUGGCCAGUCAGUCGAAGCACUGCUUGUCAAUGGCAUCCAUUAG